GGGGAGAAGGCUGGCACGAAGUUGUGUUUCCCGAGUGCACGGGCGCGUGCGGGGCUCGGGAGGAGUUGUGCGGCUCCUCGCUGGAGUCCGAGUGUCCCCCGCCGUUCCCUGUGCUGCUCGCGAGCGCCACUUUGGGGGAAGAGCAGCCUCUUGCCCCCGCGGCGAGGCUGGGGAGCCGGGCUUACUCAGCGCUAACGGGGACGAAGGCACUGAUUUGCGUCCUUUCGGAGUAGCGUUUACUGUGCCCGCACUGUUUGUAGAGACAGUUUUAGGGGUCUAGAAUAACAGAACAAGUUGGAAAAAAAAAUGUCCGAGACAACUUCUAUUGUAAAGAAAUCUAGCAGACAAUGGAUUGCAAGUGAGAACAGGUUUUUCCCCUCUUUUCUGCUGGUUGAGACCCAGAACCACAGAGUUUCUUUUGUCUCGCUCAGUUUUUGUUUUCAAAAAGAAAGGAACUCCCCACACGUGCAAAAAAUGCGGUUGCAAAUUGGGUGCACGAGAAGCUGGACGCGCUUAGGAUUUAGGACUAGAGAGCAUGUGUGUUCUUGAUGGAUACUGUAGUUUCUUGAUUUAUCAUUUUUCUCUUUUCUUUCUUUCCUUUAGGAAAAGCCUAAAGAUUAGGUUGUAAGAAAAACAGAAGCCAUGUUUCGAAGACCUGUGUUACAGGUAUUUCGUCAGUUUGUAAGACAUGAGUCUGAAGUAGCCAGCAGUUUGGUUCUUGAACGAUCUCUGAAUCGUGUUCAGUUACUUGGACGAGUAGGUCAGGACCCUGUCAUGAGACAGGUGGAAGGAAAAAACCCAGUCACAAUAUUUUCUCUAGCAACAAAUGAGAUGUGGCGAUCAGGGGAUAGUGAAGUAUACCAAAUGGGUGACGUUAGUCAGAAGACGACGUGGCACAGAAUAUCAGUGUUUCGACCAGGCCUCAGAGAUGUGGCAUAUCAGUAUGUGAAAAAGGGGGCUCGUAUAUUUGUGGAAGGGAAAGUGGACUAUGGCGAGUACAUGGAUAAAAACAAUGUGAGGCGGCAAGCAACAACAAUCAUAGCUGAUAACAUUAUAUUUCUGAGUGACCAGACAAAAGAAAAGGCAUAGAACGGAUGAUUCGUCUUUGAUCAUUGUUUGGUACAGUCUCCUUUGCAAAUCAUGUAUAGUCUAUAGUUUAAAGAUAAAAAUUAAAUUUUUUAUAUGAAAUGAGUGGUUAUAUUUUUCUUGAUUGACAUAUCUUAAGUGUGUGUGUGUGUGUGUGUGUAUUAAGCCUGUCAUUUUGGCACUUAUCAAUUGCUUGCUUUUUUUUAGGAGUGGUUUCUCUGUAGAAAGGUACAAAGUAAUACAUUCUCAGGCUCCCUAUGUGUGCCAGGGCCAAGGCAUACAUCUGGAAAGCCCUUUCUGCUUCACACUUGCCCUGUGGUGUUUCACCACUGGUUACCUUAGAGCCUUAUGUCAAGAGUCUGUCUGUCAUCGUUGUAAACACUGAUGUUUUUGCAUAUCUCUGUACACCUGUAGGUAAGUAGUGACUCUGUUUGGUGUUCCUGUAUGUACCUUUAGUUGUGUUGGCAUGGAAGAGCCACCAGUAAGUGCUGACAGGGAAAUGAUCCUGAAUUGAAGGAGACUGCUGAACACUGGUUAGCAUUCUAAACUGUUGUAGAAUUAACCCACCUUCAUAUCUUGUUUCUUGUUAGUUUUCCUGUAAUUUUUAUGAGAUUUUAUCAGCACUAAGGACCUGAAUGAAGUAUAACUACAGAUGACAUAGUUCUUGUCCUGGUGUCAAGGCCUUCUUUCCACACCACUCUGUGUUAUUUUUUUCAGAGUUUAUUCUAUAUGCUUAAGGGUGGAAAUGAAGAUCUUUCUCUGGUGCUCGGGAUUAAACCUAUGGUCAUGUUAGGCAGGCCGUCUCCCGUUGAGCUGUACCUACUUCAAAGAUCUUUUACCUUCGACUUUGCCUCCCUAGAGAGUCUGGAUAUAUUUAGUUAAUUUUGUUGUAAAUUUACUAGUAAUUUACCAAUAAAGAGUAUAUAAACU